ACAAAAAACAACGUGCUCUUUCUGCUGUACGUCGAAAGCGAUUUAUUUUUUUGUUUACUAUUUUGAUGUCGUAAAUCUAAUGUAAAGUUCGAAAAGGUUUCAUUUUUCUUUUGUUUUUUGUAAACUAUUUCUCGACAUUAUGACCAUUCGUUCUCCAAAAAUAAUUCCAGGAGAAUUUUCUCUUGCCGCCUUAAGUACAAAGUAUGAAGCUGACAAAGAAGGAACUUAUGUUUUGCAUUGUGCUGUGAACAGUGAGAAUGAGCAUGCUGUUGCAUUAUCAAACAAUCUUAUCAAAGUUCAAGGAAAGAAUGUACUAAAUCUUACAGGUCACCAGAAGACAAUCACGGGUUUAAAAUUUAGUUCUGGAAGUCCCAAUCUCCUAUUGUCAAGUUCUUUAGAUGGCAAUGUUAAUGCAUGGGAUAUCAGAGAUCAGAACGGUCUUGUCCUUACUUUUACAGAAAAUAGUGAUGGUGACCUGAAACCAUUUUCAAGUUUUGACUUUAAUUCAGAUGAAAGAAUUUUGUGUGGAGGAACAGAGCUUGUUAGAGAAGACGCAUUUUUAAUAUUCUGGGAUGUGAGGUCAACAAAAUGUCUUGGUGGAUAUUGGAACUCUCAUACAGAUGAUAUCACUCAAGUUUGUUUUCAUCCUUUUCAUACUUCAUCAAUGGCAACAGCAUCUUUAGAUGGAUUGAUUAAUGUCUUCAAUCUUGAGGAACAGUGCGAGGAUGACGCUUUGCUUUACACAUCAAAUGCUGAAACAUCAAUUUCAAGGUUGUGCUGGAUUACAGAUCAUCUAUCCUGUACAACUACUACCGAAGAAUAUCAGCUGUGGUCAGAAAAUGAGGCUAGCCCAUCCUUCUCAGUUUGUAAAGAUGAUUUUUCUUCUCAAACUAAGUGCAAAACAGACUAUUUUAUCGACACAUUUAAUAUUGGAGAAACAAAUUAUUUAGCUACUGGCACAAAUGAAGGUACUGUUAACAUAUGGCAGAAUGUAGGGAGUGGAGUGAAGCCAUUUUUGACUUUAGCUAAUGGCCAUACUGAUGUUGUCCGAACAAUUGCAUACAGCCAUAAAGGUCAUUGUGUUAUAACAGGAGGAGAAGAUAGUGUUGUAUGCCACUGGAGGCUACCUUGAUUUUUUGUAUAUUUUACUUUAAAUAUUUAUGGAAAAUAAAUUGUUUUUUUAUUUA